AUGGGGCAGCCCUCGAACUCUUCUUCGCAAACAACACAAACCUCUGAAAAGUCCAUCCCGUCCUUGAGCCGGUCAACCCAGCAACCAAGCAUAGACCGAAAGAAGCGCCACUCCAGCAGAUCCUCCCGCUCCAAACGCUCCUCGUGGCACCUCACAGCCGAAGCCCAACUCCAGCAGCACCUCGAGAGACUCGCCUACCCAGAAGCCGCCGCCAUGGCCCGCUCCGAAGACGUCAGCAGCACCGGAUCCUCCUCCCCCCCUCGCCAGUACGAGUCCAGCCCGGCCCCCUCGUCCGCGCCCAGCGAGCCCUCCAGCAUCGACUCCCGAGCCACCUCGUCCACCUCCACCACCAUGUCUUCAGCCGGGGGCGGAGUGCUCCACGAUGGCAAUUGCCACUUUGCCUACUCGGCUGAGCUGCGGAUGGUGGACACCCUUGUGUCUCUUUUGGCCCAGAACGCACGCGGACAGUCGUCCUCCUCCUCCUCGAGACAGCCAUGA